UAUCUCUCUCUCUCUAGUAUAAAAGGGGAGGGAAGUGGUUAAAACAAUUUUCAAAGUCCCUCUCUUUCUCUCUCUAAAAUCCCUCUGCUUCAAUUUGAAGCUGUCUUUUCAAUUUCCAAUUCAGUCACCAUCCCCCUCUCUCCCUCCUUUUCUCUCAUCACAACUUUUUUUACAUACAUACAUAGGGUUUUGGUUUAGUAGGGGCACUUGUGCUCUAGGGUUUUUGAGUAAGCAUUUUUUUUGUUUCCUAUAAAUUCUCCUAGGGUUUUUAUUGGUGCUGCUGGUGAUAUCUUUCAUGGCGGCGGAGAAGCUGCGGGAUUUGAGCCAGCCAAUUGAUGUUGCUUUGCUCGACGCCACUGUCGCCGCUUUCUAUGGAACUGGAUCCAAGGAGGAGAGGGCUGCUGCGGACCAUAUCUUGCGGGAUCUGCAAAAUAACCCAGAGAUGUGGCUUCAAGUGGUUCACAUUUUAUCUAAUACACAGAGUUUGAACACCAAAUUUUUUGCUUUACAGGUUCUAGAAGGUGUUAUUAAGUAUAGAUAUGGCAUGAAAAACUAUAUUUCUGAAGUUAUAGUUAAGCUUUCAAGUGACGAGAUUUGUUUCCGGAGGGAGAGGUUGUAUGUCAAUAAAUUAAACAUUAUAUUGGUUCAGAUCUUGAAGCAUGAGUGGCCAGCUCGAUGGCGAAGCUUCAUUCCUGACUUGGUUGCAGCAGCAAAGACAAGUGAAACUAUCUGUGAGAAUUGUAUGGCCAUUCUGAAACUUCUAAGUGAAGAGGUUUUUGACUUCUCAAGGGGUGAAAUGACUCAACAGAAGAUUAAAGAGUUAAAACAGUCCUUGAACAGUGAAUUCCAGCUCAUUCAUGAGUUGUGCUUAUAUGUAUUGUCUGCAUCUCAAAGAGCUGAACUCAUCAGGGCUACCCUGGCCACAUUACACGCUUUUCUUUCAUGGAUUCCUUUGGGCUAUAUAUUUGAGUCACCGCUGCUGGAAACACUAUUAAAAUUUUUUCCAGUACCUGCUUACCGCAAUCUCACUCUUCAGUGUCUGACAGAGAUUGCUGCUCUUAGUUUCGGUGACUUUUACAACAUGCAGUAUGUCAAAAUGUAUACUAUAUUUAUGGUGCAAUUGCAGGCCAUUGUCCCACCCACUACCAACUUUCUUGAGGCUUAUGCGAAUGGCAAUAGUGAGGAGCAGGCCUUCAUUCAAAACUUGGCAUUGUUUUUCACAUCAUUCUUCAAGUCUCAUAUACGAGUACUAGAAUCUUCACAAGAAAACAUAAGUGCGUUGCUACUGGGGCUUGAGUAUCUCAUCAACAUCUCGUAUGUAGAUGACACUGAAGUUUUUAAGGUUUGCUUGGACUAUUGGAACUCCUUAGUUCUGGAGCUGUUUGAAGCUCACCACAAUCUGGAGAAUCCUGCAGCAACUGCAAACAUGAUGGGAUUGCAGAUGCCAGUGCUUCCAGGUAUGGUUGAUAGACUUGGUUCACAAAUCAUGCAGAGGCGUCAGCUUUAUGCUGGUCCGAUGUCUAAAUUGAGAUUACUGAUGAUCUGCCGCAUGGCGAAGCCAGAAGAGGUUCUCAUUGUUGAGGAUGAAAAUGGAAAUAUAGUUCGUGAAACUAUGAAAGACAACGAUGUGCUUGUGCAGUAUAAGAUAAUGAGGGAAACACUCAUUUACCUGGCACAUCUUGAUCAUGAGGAUACUGAAAAGCAGAUGCUUAAAAAAUUAAGUAAACAACUAAGUGGAGAGGAUUGGACCUGGAACAACCUCAAUACACUCUGUUGGGCAAUUGGAUCUAUAUCUGGGUCAAUGGUGGAGGAGCAGGAAAACAGGUUUUUGGUGAUGGUAAUUCGUGAUUUAUUGAACCUCUGUGAGAUCACGAAAGGGAAGGACAAUAAAGCUGUCAUUGCGAGUAAUAUAAUGUAUGUUGUUGGGCAAUAUCCAAGAUUUUUGAGGGCCCACUGGAAGUUCUUGAAAACUGUUGUGAACAAGUUGUUUGAGUUCAUGCAUGAAACUCAUCCGGGAGUUCAGGACAUGGCGUGUGAUACAUUCUUGAAGAUUGUUCAGAAGUGCAAGCGUAAAUUUGUCAUUGUACAGGUUGGAGAAAAUGAGCCAUUUGUAUCAGAACUUUUAACCACUCUUCCGGCAACUAUUGCAGAUCUCGAGCCUCAUCAGAUCCACUCCUUUUAUGAAUCUGUGAGUCACAUGAUUCAAGCGGAAUCUGAUCCCCUCAAGAGAGACGAAUAUUUGCAGAGACUGAUGGAGCUACCUAAUCAGAAAUGGGCUGAGAUUAUCGGACAGGCUCGUCAAAGUGUGGAUUUCUUGAAAGAUCAAGAUGUGAUAAGGGCAGUACUUAAUAUAUUGCAGACAAAUACUAGUGUUGCUAGCUCUCUUGGAACAUAUUUUCUGCCACAAAUUUCUUUGAUCUUUCUGGACAUGCUCAAUAUUUACAGAAUGUACAGUGAGCUUAUAUCGACCAGUAUUGCCCAAGGAGGGCCCUACGCUUCCAGGACAUCUAUUGUGAAACUUUUACGUUCAGUCAAGAGAGAAACAUUGAAGCUCAUUGAGACAUUUCUAGACAAAGCUGAAGAUCAACCACAUAUUGGCAAACAAUUUGUGCCUCCAAUGAUGGACCCUGUGCUUGGUGAUUAUGCCCGGAAUUUGCCUGAUGCAAGAGAGUCGGAAGUCCUGUCUCUCUUUGCGACAAUAAUGAAUAAGUACAAGGCGACAAUGAUUGAGGAUGUUCCUCGGAUAUUUGAAGCUGUUUUCCAGUGCACUCUAGAGAUGAUUACAAAGAACUUUGAGGACUAUCCUGAGCAUCGACUCAAGUUCUUUUCGCUACUUCGAGCUAUUGCUACACAUUGUUUUCCUGCUUUGAUACACUUGUCCAGUGAGCAAUUGAAACUUGUCAUGGAUUCCAUCAUCUGGGCUUUUCGGCAUACUGAACGGAAUAUUGCAGAAACUGGGCUCAACCUUCUAUUGGAGAUGCUGAAAAACUUUCAGGCUUCUGAAUUUUGUAAUCAGUUCUACCGGACUUAUUUUUUGACGAUAGAACAAGAAAUCUUUGCUGUUUUGACGGACACGUUCCACAAGCCUGGUUUUAAAUUGCAUGUCCUGGUGCUGCAACACCUAUUCUCCCUGGUGGAAUCUGGUGGCUUGACUGAACCUCUGUGGGAUGUUGCUACAGUUUCUUAUCCUUAUCCAAACAAUGGCAUGUUUGUUCGUGAAUACACGAUUAAACUUUUGAGUUCAUCUUUUCCCAACAUGACAACAACUGAGGUGACCCAAUUUGUGAAUGGACUUUUUGAGUCAAGAGCUGAUCUUUCUUCGUUCAAAGACCAUAUACGCGACUUUCUCGUACAAUCAAAAGAAUUUUCUGCCCAGGAUAACAAAGAUCUUUAUGCUGAGGAAGCUGCUGCUCAGAGAGAGAGGGAGCGACAGCGCAUGCUAUCAAUUCCCGGACUUAUUGCACCCAAUGAGAUACAAGAUGAGAUGGUGGACUCAUGAGAGUUGCCAAUUUUGCUGCCAAGGCUAGCUUUUUGGAUUUUUGACUCAAAAAAGCUAGGAUUUGGGCACCUGGAGUUAGGAUUUAUAUGUUUGGUGGAGCCUUCCCAAUAUUUAUAACCGGUCGGGAGUAGUUUCUCAUGUGAUGUGGUGAAGCAACCGGGGCAUGCAGGUGUUAUUGCUGAAGAAACCACAUGCUGGUUGUAAAGUACUUAGAUUCUAAUGUAGGAAUGCAACAUGUCACUCUAUGGAUUUCCGAAUCCGGUUGUGACAUUGUAAUGAAUCAGGACGAUGCUUGGACCGAUUGUUGUUGGCAGGCGCCUAUCAGCCAUAGGUUUAGUGUAUACAAGAUUGGUGGGUUGUGCAGAGAAUCCUGUUUUUGCGCCAAUGGGUAGAACAAUUAUGUAUUCUGAAUUUCAGAAAGCUUUAUUCUUUAGUGGUAUUUAUAUGGUGGUCUUUUGGCACCCUUGAAACGGUCAA